CUCGUGAGCCGGCCGCAUGCGGAGGAGCUCAAGGAGCCGCUCUGUUGCGACAGAGGCCGAGCAGCGAGGCCCAGCUCCCUGAAAGAAGAGAAAGCCACCCCUGUAGUUCAGCACCAUGCCCUCUGACCUGGCCAAGAAGAAAGCGGCCAAAAAGAAAGAAGCAGCCAAAGCGCGACAGCGGCCCAAGAAGGGACACGAAGAGAACGGAGAUGCCGUCACCGAGCCGCAGGUGGCAGAGGAGAAGAGCGAGGAGGCCAACGGCCGGGAGAGCACAGAAGUGGAUUUACUGACCAAGGAGCUGGAAGACUUUGAGAUGAAGAAGGCUGCUGCUCGAGCUGUCACUGGGGUCCUGGCCUCUCACCCCAACAGUACCGACGUCCACAUCAUCAACUUGUCCCUCACCUUCCACGGCCAAGAGCUGCUCAGUGACACCAAACUGGAGUUAAACUCAGGCCGCCGGUACGGCCUCAUCGGCUUAAAUGGAAUUGGGAAGUCCAUGCUGCUGUCUGCCAUCGGGAAGCGGGAGGUGCCCAUCCCGGAGCACAUCGACAUCUAUCACCUGACCCGAGAGAUGCCCCCCAGCGACAAGACCCCCCUGCAGUGCGUCAUGGAGGUGGACACAGAGCGGGCCAUGCUGGAGCGGGAGGCCGAGCGCUUAGCUCACGAGGACGCCGAGUGUGAGAAGCUCCUGGAGCUGUACGAGCGCCUAGAGGAGCUGGACGCUGACAAGGCCGAGAUGCGGGCCUCGCGGAUCUUACACGGCCUGGGCUUCACACCUGCCAUGCAGCGCAAGAAACUGAAGGACUUCAGUGGCGGCUGGCGGAUGCGGGUUGCCCUCGCCAGAGCCCUCUUUAUCCGGCCCUUCAUGCUGCUUCUGGAUGAGCCCACCAACCACCUGGACCUGGAUGCUUGUGUGUGGUUGGAAGAAGAACUGAAGACCUUUAAGCGCAUCCUCGUGCUCGUCUCCCACUCCCAGGAUUUUCUGAAUGGUGUCUGCACCAACAUCAUUCACAUGCAUAACAAGAAGCUGAAGUAUUACACGGGUAACUACGAUCAGUACGUGAAGACACGGCUGGAGCUGGAGGAGAACCAGAUGAAGAGGUUUCAUUGGGAGCAGGAUCAGAUCGCACACAUGAAGAACUACAUUGCUAGGUUUGGUCAUGGCAGUGCCAAGCUGGCCCGGCAAGCCCAGAGCAAAGAGAAGACGCUACAGAAAAUGAUGGCGUCGGGACUGACAGAGAGGGUCGUGAGCGACAAGACACUGUCAUUUUAUUUCCCACCAUGUGGCAAGAUCCCUCCACCUGUCAUUAUGGUACAAAACGUGAGCUUCAAGUAUACAAAAGAUGGGCCUUGCAUCUACAAUAAUCUCGAAUUUGGUAUUGACCUCGACACGCGAGUGGCUCUGGUAGGGCCCAAUGGAGCAGGAAAGUCAACUCUUUUGAAGCUGCUAACAGGAGAGCUACUGCCUACAGAUGGAAUGAUCCGAAAACACUCUCAUGUCAAGAUAGGGCGUUACCAUCAGCAUUUACAAGAGCAGCUGGACCUGGAUCUCUCGCCUUUGGAAUACAUGAUGAAGUGCUACCCAGAAAUCAAGGAGAAGGAAGAAAUGAGAAAGAUCAUCGGGCGGUACGGGCUGACUGGGAAGCAGCAGGUGAGCCCAAUCCGGAACUUGUCAGACGGGCAGAAGUGCCGAGUGUGUCUGGCCUGGCUGGCCUGGCAGAACCCACACAUGCUGUUCCUGGACGAGCCCACCAACCACCUGGACAUCGAGACCAUUGAUGCCCUGGCAGAUGCCAUCAACGAGUUCGAGGGUGGCAUGAUGCUUGUCAGCCAUGACUUCCGACUCAUCCAGCAGGUUGCACAGGAGAUCUGGGUCUGUGAGAAGCAGACAAUCACCAAGUGGCCUGGAGACAUCCUGGCCUACAAGGAGCAUCUCAAGUCCAAGCUGGUGGACGAGGAGCCCCAGCUCACCAAGAGGACCCACAACGUGUGAGCCCCAUGGCCGGGCUGGGGCAGGAGCUCCAUCUGGGGACUCAGCGGCUCCCCUGAGCUGCUGCCUGGGCCAGGACCCUGGGGCCGCCCUCCUGCAUUGCUGCGUUCUGCUCCCUGCCUCUCCCUGGCCUCUCCCGACCCCUGCCCUGGUCCCUCCCUGCCUCUCCCCAUCCUUCCUUGGCCCUCGGCCUGCCUCAGCUGCACUCUUAUCUAGCUACAGCUGGACAGCACUGUCCCUCUCCUUCCAGUUCCAGCUCUUGCUGGCUUCCCCUAAGUGAUGCGGCCCAGGCUCCUGAGGGCUGGCAGCCGGGCCCUGGCUGUGGGCCGUGAAGGAGCUUAAGAUCUGGGUUUUGGUGAUGUUGGAGGAACACUCCCCAGCCCGCUGCUACCUUUCCUUUCUGCUUCUGGUUUGGAGCUCCGGGCCAAGGUCUUAGUCCUGGUUGGUUUUUAAAUAUUUAACAGUGUAACUUUUAGACCUGCGUGACAUCCACAAAGUGACCAAUAAAGAAAGAGGAAGCCAUGGUCCCUGCCUUCUCAGCUCUCUUGAGGCGAGGCCACAGCCUUCUUGGCACUCGCUUCCUCCCACAGGGGCGGGGGGGUUGAGGGGCACAAUUAGCCGGAUGGAUGGGGACUCGGGUCGAGCUCCUUGGGACAGGGAGAACUUUUUCCCUCUUGUGCAGAUUUGGAAUCACACCUAUUCUCAAACUUCUACAGAAAUCAGAGUCUCCUGCGGGCUUUGCUGGGUUCCUGCCUCUCUCUGGUUCAGUAGAUCUGGGAUGAAGCCGGGAUUGAUGGUUCGAACAAGUUCUUGGGGGGUCGGUGGGGAGCAGAUACUGCAAUUGCUGGCCUAAGGCCUGGACGUUGAGCACCUCUGUCCUGAGCACUGUUUUCCUGAAAGGCAUGAGCUCUCCAGUGGGCACCUGUGCCCGCCACCACCGCACUUGGGGUGCUUGCCCAAGUGUGGAUGCCUGAGCAGCAGACCAGGCCUGUCUGGUCUGUUCCAUCUGGUGAAGCGGCAGAGAUGCGGCAAUGGCCAGGAGCUCGUGUUUGCCACUGCUGCUCCUGGAGCAUGCAGGAAGCUUGUUCUUAAUGUGAACCCAACACCGUGGAGCCCGUUUGGUUCCUGUGAGCUUGGCACUUGGCACCUCCACGCCUGAGGCAUGUCUGCGGACCUUGCUCUGCCUGUGACCCCUCAGCAGCCAUCCCUACGGGAAGACAGGCACGGCCACAAUUUUUCAGUACUCACUAGAGCAUAUCGAAGAGUAAGAUGGGGGCCUGGCAUGAUAGCCUAGCAGCUAAAGUCCUCGCCUUGCAUGCUCCAGGGUCCUA